GUUCUCAACUGCAUUAUGCUGUAUUUAGCUUUGUAUCAGCCUGUUGCUCAGACAGUCAGCAGCAAGACACCAUGGAGGUUACAGCUUUCUGCAUCCCAAUGUUGAUGAAUGCGUUGAUGUUGCUGGUUGCCCAUAUUCAGCAUGGUUAUCCUCAGACACCUGUUUCAGACGCAGCUUUUCGUAUCGUUCCAACUAGACUGCAGCUCUUUGAAUACGGGUCUGUCCAUUUUACCUGUGAGGGGUUUAAUGUCUCAGCUGGGUGCAGAGUGAGAACCAUCAAGGAAUUCAUUCCAAAAUGUUCAAAUGACACAGUAACGUCAACAGUGACCUGCACCAUUGACUUUGCCUUUCCAUCAGACAGCGGAGAAUACUGGUGUGAAUCUGGAGGAGGAAAGAGAAGCAACACUGUCAACAUCACUGUCACUGCUGGUUCUGUGAUUCUGGAGAGUCCUGCUCUUCCUGUGAUGGAGGGAGAAGCUGUAACUCUGAGCUGUAGAACCAAGUUGACUUCCUUCUCCAGUCUCAUCACCAAUUUCUAUAAAGAUGGCCGCCUCAUCAGGAGCAGUCCUACAGGAAACCUGACCAUUGAAAGUGUUUUCAAGUCUCAUGACGGCCACUACAAGUGCAACAUCCCUGGAGCUGGAGAAUCACCAGAGAGUCAGCUGGCUGUCAAAGGUGCUAAUGUGAUCAUGGAGAGUCCUGCUCUUCCUGUGACUGAGAGAGAAGCUGUGACUCUGCAGUGUCAAAUGAAGGAAGCUCCCUCUGACCUCACAGCUGAUUUCUAUAAAGAUGGUCUCAUCAUUGGGAGCAGCUCUACAGGAGAGAUGACCAUCCAGAGUGUUUCCAAGUCUGAUGAAGGACUCUACAAGUGCAGAAUCUCUGGAGCUGGAGAAUCAGCAGAGAGGAGGCUGACUGUCAGAGAAGAGAAGUAUGAUGGCUCAGUGACACAAAGUGAGGACUCACAACGCGCAGACAGAACAGCGAUGGUUUCCCACCAUUACUACAUCCUACUUUGGACUGUUGUCGCUGUCGUAUUGUUCCUGCAGCUGUUGGUGAUUGGACUACUUUACUGGAAGAAACAGCUAGUCUUAUUGGAGGUAAAGUUGAGUGAUCCAAACAAGGACCUGUACGCUGUCGUCAAAAAAGACAAGAAGAAAAAGAAAGAUGCUGCUGAUAAUUUGAGCCUCCACACAAACCGAAGCAAAGAACCACAGACAGAAAAAGAUGAGGAUGAACCUUUGCCUCUGUCUUUUCACUCCACUUUUACCGGCGAUGAUACAUCGCCAGGUCUCCAAAAUGAACCAGGAGUAUUCAGCUUCACAUUGACAGCAGCGUCGUCAGCAGUAACAGACCCACCUUUUACAGAUCAGGAGUCCGAAUAUGAUUUCAUCCAGACAACCGAGGAGAUCACUGAGGAAGAAACACCUUGCUAAAGGAGACGGAGGAACUGCUUAUAGCAUGCUAUAUGUACAAGAAAGUUUAGAGACGUCAAAUACACUGCUUGAAUUAACUUUUUGUAUUUAGUAGUCCAGUUGGUUCUCUCUA